AUUUGGUUUCUCAAUCUCUUAGAUAAGUUGAAUUGUGAGAAAGGAAAAUGGUACCCACACGAGCGAGUCAGACGAAGUAUUCAAAUGGAGAAUUGGUCCUCUGUUAUGAACCUGAUCCAUCCAAAGUUAGGGUGCUUUAUGAUGCAAAGGUAUUGGAUACCCUUGUUAGUCAUGUACAUGGGAAGCGAAUCAUCAAGUACAAGGUACACUUUCAAGGUUGGAGUUCAUCAUGGGAUCGAAUUGUGGAUGAAGAUGCACUCCUCAAGGAUGGGGAGGAUAAUAGAGAUCUGCAAAAAGAGCUCUUUCAAAAGGCUAAAGAUGUCAUAGGAGAGAGGCGCCUGAAGUGGCAUCACCAGCGAAGGUUGGGUGAAGAGUCAGGUGACUCAGAAAUGUCAUCUCUCAAGUCAGAGGUUGAGUGCUCUGAUGAUGAAACUUCAGAUGAAGAAGUAUAUGAAAAAGCUCCUGCAAGUGUGGAGGUACCAUUGGAACUCCCCCAAGACUUGAAACAAAUCCUUGAGAAAGAUUGGCUUUACAUAACCCAUCAGAAAAAGCUUCUGGUGCUACCCAGUGAUCCAAAUGCAGUGGCUGUGAUGGAAUCAUACAUGGAUUAUGUGGUGAACAAGAGGUUUCAUCUUACUGCUCAUUCCACAUAUGCUCAGGAGAAGGAUGCAAUUGCUUUUUACAGAUUAGCAAUGGAGACAAUGGAAUCCUUGAGGGUUUGCUUGGAUUUUUAUAUUGAAAAGUGUCUUAUGUACAAAGAAGAGCAGGAGCAGACCAAGAACCUCAAAGAAUUGGGAUCUCUUAAUGGAGAGAAGAAACUCAUCCUCCCAACUGAAGUUGCUUCUCCUGCAUAUUAUAAAGAAGUGCCUGUGAACCCAUCACUCAUUUAUGGCCCUGUCCACCUCCUCCGUUUGAUGGUGAAGCUUCCUGAUAUUCUUGGGCAGACCGUGCUGGACCGACGGAGGCAGCCAUAUGUGAUUCAGCAUCUGAAGGAAUUUCUCAAGUAUCUUCAUCAGGAGAAGGAUCAUUUCUUUGGUCCAUUCCUCUACACAGACAGUCUGAGUGCAGAGUAGAUUGGAGGUGUGUGGUUAAUGAGCAAGGAGUGUGCCAAGGAGUACUUUUAGUCCUCAGAUGGCCAGGGGUGAGCCAAUGAAUCCAGCAUAUAAGAAAAGGUGUGGGAGUUCCUGAUCAGUCAUACUUUGAUUUUCUCAAGAUCCUGUGACCCCUGAAACCAAAAACAUUCCUGCCAUCCUUUCCAGUGUGGAACCACAAUGGAUACCCAUUAGACGUUCUUAUGGUUUUUUUUAAAAAAUGUUUUUGUUCUUUUAUUGUGAAUUGAAGUAGGUUCAGGCACAAUGAGUGCAAUGCACCUUCUGGCUAUGUGAUGUAUUUUCACCCACCUUUCUUAGGGAAAUAUGCAUAAUUGUUAGGUGGGACGAUAAAACUUACUUUAUAGAGCAAGGGUUUCUGUCAUGUGUACCAAAGAUGUCCAAGAGGAAGUCAUUUUCCUUCAUUCAUGAUUAAAGACCUAUCCAAGUUGCCAUUUAUUGUGUUACAUCUUCAAUUUGAAGAUCAUGACCUGAUUGUGGAAGUUAUGGUGGUUUGGAAGUUGGGCAUGAUUUUGUUGAACCUAUAAAGUGCUGUCUGCCAGACUCACAUUUGGGAGAAAAAAAAAU